AUGGCGGACGGAGGAGCAGCGAGUCAAGAUGAGAGUUCAGGACCAGAUGCUAAAGUGAAAAAUCAGUCAGAAACUACUAAAUGUGCAAUGGAAAGUGGUGACAGGAACACCGGAAUCCAAAUCAAUGGGUUCGACUUUCAGAGACAGAUGGUGCCAACCACAAGUGCAAUCACUAAUGCACAUGCACAAGCCCUCCUCCAACAGUUGACCCUGACCCCAGCGCAGCAGCAGAUGUUGAUCCAGCAGGCCCAAGCUCAGCUCCUGGCUGCAGCCGUGCAGCAUUCGGCCAGCCAGCAGAACAGCACCACUGGGGCCAGCAUCUCGGCCUCCGCAGCUACACCCAUCAGCCAGCUGCCCCUGUCACAGCCCAUCCAGAUCGCCUCUCAGCUACAGCCGCAGAAUCUUAGUCUGCCUCAGUUUGUUCUGGUGCAGCCCGGCCACCCGAUCGCCACACUACAGCAGCCUGCUCAGUUCAUCAUCUCACAGCCAACGCAGGCCCAACAGGGCAUAUUGCAAGCCCAGAGUCUUCUAAAUCUACCUCAAAGCCAAGCUAACCUCCUGCCGACUCAACAAAGCAUUACCCUUGCAACUCAGCCUGCCACUCCAACCCGCACAACAGCAGCCACACCUAUUCAGUCCCUGCCCCACAGUCAGACACCACCCAAACGGUUGGACACCCCCACCAUGGAGGAGCCCAGCGAUCUGGAGGAACUGGAACAGUUUGCCAAGACCUUCAAACAGAGGCGCAUCAAACUGGGCUUCACACAGGGGGACGUUGGCCUGGCCAUGGGGAAGCUUUAUGGAAACGACUUCAGCCAAACUACCAUCUCUCGCUUUGAGGCCUUGAAUCUGAGCUUUAAGAACAUGUGCAAACUCAAGCCAUUGCUGGAGAAGUGGCUCAAUGAUGCUGUUUGUGCAGAGAACCUGACAUCUGACCAGUCCCUGUCCAGCCCCAGUGCCCUGGGCUCCCCGGGCAUGGGCAUAGAGGGGAUCAACCGCAGACGGAAGAAGAGGACCAGUAUUGAGACCAACAUCCGAGUGGCCUUAGAAAAGAGCUUUCUGGAGCAGAACCAAAAACCUACCUCUGAAGAGAUCACCAUGAUCGCCGACCAGCUCAACAUGGAGAAGGAGGUGAUUCGGGUCUGGUUCUGCAAUCGCCGGCAGAAAGAGAAGAGGAUUAACCCCCCCAGCAGCGGAUUAGGCAGCACCCCCAUCAAAACCAUCUUUACCCCCAGUAGCCCUUUGGUGGCCAGCACAGCAAGCCUUGUGAGCAGUCCAACUAUUAACACACCCACCACUCUGACUGUAAACCCAGUGAUGCCUCUCACCAGCACCAGCGUCUCCAAUUUGUCCUUCACAGGCACGACAGUUGGAGCCACAAACACCGCAUCCGUCAUCUCCACUGCACCUAUAUUUACUACAGCCAGCUCUCCGUCUUUAAGUCCCUCGCCAACGACCAUUCAGUCCUCGACCACAGAUAGCAAGGUGCAGACCAUCAUCAACCAGACCCCGACAUCCAUAGCCACAACUUUAGGGACAGGUCAGGUGAUGGUGGCAUCAGGGCUGUCUGCGGCGCUGCAGGGUGCUCAGUUACCCAGCAGCUUCGCUGCUAUGGCUGCUGCCGCUGGGCUCAACUCAGGACUGAUGGCCUCCUCCCAGUUCACUCCGGGGGGGGCCCUGCUCAGUCUGACUGGCGGUCUUGGCAGCGCGCUGAGUCCUGCCCUCCUGAGCAACAGCACCUUGGCUACCAUCCAAGGUGUGUAUCAAUCUCUGGCUUCGGGUGGCCUCACUUCUCUGGACGGCAGCAACCUGCUGUUCGCCAACACUUCUGCCGGCACGCCGAUCUUCCUGACCCCCCAGAACCUGUCGCUGCUCACCGGCACCCCCCUCAGUCUGGUGUCGGCCGGGCCGGGUGGGCUGCAGGUCACUGCUGAUGCUCAUCAUCAAGCCACCACGGCUGCUGUGCCUGUGCAAGCCUCGACCAUUACCACUGCCUCCAAGGCUCAGUGAAGCCAGUCGGGCUGCAUCCUGAGUUAACGCCCUAUUUCUUAUGUCGUGCACUACUUUCACACCAUGUAGGGAAUAGGGAGGUCGUUUGAUAUAGGCUCUGCGCUUCACUAACCACCCCACAUUCUUUCCACUGUAUCUAUCAUUAUUUAAUCCUUUUGCUGCCACCAAAAAGAAAACAACCUCAAAUGAGGUUGAGGUUGAGUUUUUAUUUUUUUAGUUUGUUUCCUGUCGUUUCCUUUAUGAUUCUUGGAUGUUGUUUUCCCACAAACAGUAGCCAGAUGGACACUGUUGUUGGCCUGCCGCUCCUCGUGAACCUUGAAAAGUGUCCAGGAAGAAAAAGAUAUCCUCAGCACGAUCAAGCUGUUCACGUUUUGUAUAUAUAUAUAAUAUAUACAGUAUAUAUCCUCCUAUUUCCAGGUCAGAAUUUUGUCUGAAAUACUUCUAACCAAAAACUUUAGGAUUUUGC